CAUUGACCAGAAAUCGGUGUGAUACGUUUCAGUGAAAAUUCCAAUCGGUCAACCGUGAGAAUUAGUAAUCAAAGGCCCUGGAGACCGGCCGUCUCGCGAGUCGAAAUCGAUGAAAUGCAAACAUGUUGAUGUGCGAAUAUCAAACCCCUAUCCAACCCCCCUAGCCGAGCAAUAAUAGCGGCGGGGGACGUGCACCCGCUCACGUACACCAUGCAUGCACUAACCCGACUGCGAUUGGGAUAUUCUGUAAACAUUCAGAUGUCUCUACAAACAGAAAAGAAUCAAAUAUUUAUAACAGCAAACACCAUGACUUUUAUUGUUAUGGGUGACUGAAUCGCACUGAACAUCAUUUGAUUCAUUUGAAAAUCAAUACGAUCUUCAUGUACCCUUUAUUAGUCACUUUGCACUUACGCAAGUUUAUUUUUAUGAGCACGUGCAUGUUGAUGUAUUCAACAGAAAAAUAUUACGUCACGAACAAUGGGAUUCGAGAAUAAGCCCGCGAACAAAGUUGAGCGAUGGGUCGGCCGAGCGAUCGAGUGACUUGUAAGUGAAUAGAGGAGGGGAAGUUGGGGCUCCUUUGUCACCACCUGUCCGCGGUAAGCGGUAAUAGCUAUCGGAAGACGCAGUCGCAACCAGAGCCCGACUCGAGCGCAUCUGUCUUUAGUUCGCGCCAAAUGUGAACAUGUGCGGUGCGCACGAUACUAAAACACCUUUUAUGGACCAAAUGACUUAGUGCCAAAUGGGAAUGAAGUGAGUUUUGUGUGCAAGUGCUGUGUUGUGAAUAGUGAAAAUGUUGGGAUUGCUCACUUCGGAUUUCGGCUAUCAGAACCGAUUGACUCUACUCCAGCAGUUGAUCGAAUGCGGAGAUGUAUUAUUGGGGAAUGAACUUGUAUGUGGUUUAGACAACCGGAUAUCAAACUCCAGGAAUUCCGUAUCACCUGAUGUGGUGAACAAGGACCUUGGGUUGUCAGAAAGCGAUGAUGAAGUCACAGCCACCACCACUACGUUAGCGCCUCUCAUUUCCCCAAUGGUCUCCGCGAGUCCGAGCUCCGGUAGUUCCUCUCCCUCCGACUCCGAGAGCGAGUCUUCCUCAGCGGAGUCCACGGCUGCGCCCGCGCCGGCCGCGCCCGCCCCAGCGCCACCGCCCGCCCAGCGCUCGUCGUGGAGCCUGUCCAACUUUGCGCCGCCGCCCGCCCAGCCGCCCGACCAGGCCUACGAGUCGAAGGAGCUGAGGCAUGCGCUUGCUGAUGUCAAAGGAAAGCCGAGUCCAAUAUCGGAGUUGUCGGACUCGGAGGCGUCGUCGCCAUCGCCCGGUCCCACGCGCCGGCGCCGCUCGCUGGCCCACCGCGCGUCGGCGGCGUCUAGCGACGAUGAAGCGCCUAGGCACAGUCAGGCCACCGCCUCGCCGCCAAUCCAGCCGCAGAAGCGCGGCCGCCCGCCCAAGCCGCGGCCCUCAGAAGACCAGCCGGCUAAGAAGAAGCGCGGCCGCCCGCCCAAGCACCGGCCCGCGUCGCCGCCGCCCGCCCCGCCAGACAGCGAUCCAGAACCCGAUCCACCGCCGCACAACCCAUUGCAAGACACAAAGACGCAUAUCUUCCGCAAGGUCUUCACGCCGAAAAAGGGCGACGAAUGCGGCGGGAAGGGCGGUAAAGGGGGCAAGGGGAAGGGUGGUAAAGGCAAGGGCCAGGUCACCAUAAUCGAGGUGACCGCGCCCGAGUCAGGCGCUGACGAUGACGACCGCGACCGCGACCGCGACCGCAGCGCCGAGAGACGCCACCAGGAGGCCAUAGCGCGCGUGUCGCCGCCGCGCGAGCCUGAUACGCUCACCAGGCGGCGUGAAGCCGAGCGAAUCGCCAAUGAGAGAAUACAAGAACGCAUCUCCAUCGAGAGGACGGACCACAGACGCUCCGCCGACCGGCUGCAGGCCGAGCGGCCGCCCAGCGACCGGGUCCCGCUCGACCGGACGCCCAACGACCGGAUACAGGUCGACCGGACGCCCACCGACCGGUUACAGGUCGAGCGGACGCCGAACGACCGGUUACAAGUCGAGCGGACGCCAACAGACCGGUUACAAGUCGAUAGGACACCGACCGAGCGCUUCCAAGUCGACCGGUUGCAGGUUGACCGGACGCCGACGGAACGGUUACAAAUGGACCGGACGCCCUCGGAGCGGAUACCGGUGGACCGGACGCCGAGUGAUCGGACGCCCAAUGACCGGCCGACGGAGAGGACGAGGCCUGCCGACCGUAUUCCGAGCCGGUUAUCGGGCAGCAUACCUGAAAGGCCGGAACGGGUUUCCGGCGAAAAGGUGUCGUACGAGAAAAUGUCGUCUCACGAUCGUCUGUCGAGUGACAAGAUCGAUCGCAAGUCGUCCCACGAGAGAAGCGAGAAGAUGUCUCGGCUCUCCGACGACAAGAUGUCCAUCGAGCGUCUGCACGAGGAGAAAAUUGAGAGGUUAUCCCACGACGUGAAAAUGGAGCGGGAGUCGAAGCUGGAGCGCGUGGCUGGCGACAAGGCGGAGCGCUUCGUGCGCGCCGAGGCCGACGUCGGCGUCGUCAAGCCCGGCCGCGGCUCCGAGCGGCUGGAUGACGCGCCCAACCCGCGUGCGCGGCUCCUCGUGCGCGUGCCGCUAAGCCGCCUGCGCGCGGACACAUUGCGCGCGCUGCAACGCGCUCCGCCGCGCCGCGCCGCGCCCAAACGUUUGCCGACGCCGCACCAGGAACAGGGAGGAGCAGUGGCCGCGACGAACCACGAGCGGUCGGGCGCGUGCGGGCAGACGCCCAUCUACUACUCCUACUUCGAGCGCCAGCCCGCCGACGCGCUCAGCGACGAGGAGCGGGACCACAAGUACUACCUAGAAGAAGCGACGCGCCUCCGCACGGCGGCCGAGCGCGAGCAAGGCCCACUAGCCCGCGUCAUGCUGUACCUAGAAAGUGUACUAUGUUUCGUGCUCACGGGCCGCGUGUUAGAGCUCGAGCUCGAUACCAAGGGCGCGUUCACGGUGUACCGCGAGACCAUCGAGUACAUCAAGUCCAUUCACUCCAUGCCACAGCGCUUUAGAGCCUCGCCGCACUCUACGUUUAGCAAGCUGGAUAUACUCAGCCUGCGAGUGCAAGCACUUCUAUACCUGCGGAUGUUCAAAAUGUACAACCGCGAAGUCAAGGAAUACAACAAGAUUGUCACCGAAUACCAACAAAAGCCCGCAAGCGCGGAAUCAGUCUCAUCGGUAUCGCCGCUGUCCCCGUCGCCUUCUCCCGCCGGCUCGCUCGGGUCGGUAGGCUCGGUUGGCUCGGUCGGGUCGGUAGGCUCGGCCGGGUCGGUCGGCUCAGGCGCGUCAUCAGGCUACUGUUCGUUGGCCCACAGCGUGCCGGCAGCGGCGCAUAAUGCCCUGUUGCAACUGACGAAGUAUUACACGUUUUUGUACGUGGCUUUGGAGCUGUGGGAGCAAGCGGAUUGCUUAUGCCGUCUGAGGCCUAAUCGAGAUCUGUUCAUAGCGGUGGACCGCAAGUGCGGGCCCCUCUCGCUGUCAUCCACGUUCCGGCACCUGGUCCAGUACGUGCGUCACGCGAUAUCUCUGCUCAAGAGUUGCCCGCGGGAGUGACCGCGCCCGCUCGAACAUACGCACGUGAGAAUAGCGGCCGUACUAUACCCUGUCACAGUUCCAAAAUAUCACGUGACAAGUAACAGGUUAAAAUAUCGAGUGACCGGUCACGUGAUACCCGUACUGGCGGUUUUGUUUUGACUUCGACGCGAGAUUAUUUGAAACAAAAUCACAGUAUCAGAAAUAAGGAACGGUCGCUGAUAUUUGACGGCGGUGCCGCGAGACCAUGGAUCUACUUUGAAGCCAGUUUUUGGCAUAAUUAAUACUUCUUGACAUUAAUUACGAUGGUGAUAGAUAGUUAGUAAUGUUGAAUGAAAUGUUCUGUGCAUUUAAAAAUUUAAAUCGGUUUUACUAACAAUAUCUCACAAUAUUGUUUCCAAUUCUCUAUCAUUAUUAUAUUAAAUACUUAUAAUUUAUUUCAUUAAUUUAAUAUUACCGAAAUGAAAAGAUAUUCUUUUUUUGUAUGGAAAUAUGAAU